AUGAGAGGGGCUCACCAACUAGCUGAUGUACUCAAAGUGCUGGCAGCUAAGCGGCUGCUAAUUGGAGGUAAUCCUGUCACUUUUGCUGAGGUAGUUGAUUUCCAACAUUUUUUGGAUGAGUGUGAACUUUCAGAGUUACCAAAUACUGGAUGUCAAUUUACUUGGAGUGAUAAGCAUGGUACAGACAAAAUUUUCAUAAAAAUUGAUUGGGCCUUAGUAAAUGGAGAAUGGGUGGGUAACAUGCCACAAUGCAUAGUUAAUGUGCUGCCUGAGGGGGUGAGUGACCAUUGCCCCCUAGUGGUUAAGGUGAUAGAAGAUAGAACAAAAAAGAAAAGUUCUUUUAAAUUCUCCAAUAUCUGGAGUACACAUCCUGAUUUCUUAAGGAUAGUAGCACAGGACUGGGCAAAGGAAGUGGUUGGAUGCAAAAUGCACAAAAUAGUAAAGCAGUUGAAACUGUUAAAAGGAAGCCUGAGGAAGCUGCUUGGAAAGGAUGAUGUAAAUAGGAGACAGGCUCAAGCACAAAUCUUUUCUCAAGGGGCAAGAUUGACAAUAGAACAACAAAUGCAGCUGGUGCAAGCUUAUACUGCAAAAGAUGUCAAGCAAGCAAUGUUUAGCAUUAAUGAGAAUAAGAGCCCUAGGCCAGAUAGUUAUGGCAGUGGUUUCUUUAGGGCUGCUUGA